UCUGUGCCUGUGCCGGCUGUGCGUCUGCAAGAGCGAGACAGUGAGGGUGAGACUGUGAUCUGUGAGAGGCGAUGGGGUUCACUGGAUGACAUUUUGCAGAUUAUGGAACGAUUUUUUCAACCAAAACGAAAGUCCAUACCCAAUUCUUCUACUUCUAGUUGUGGGUCUAGUCCCGCCACUGAUUCUAGUCGAGCGCAAGAGUUAUUGAAUAACACAAAGAAGUCUCGGGCUCAAUUCAAUGUGGAUGAUCUUGUAUCUGAUCCAGGGAAACGGUCCCCUAUUGAAUCAUAUGAUCCUAAUAUUAGAGAUGUUGUUAGGAUGGCAUACUUGGAGAAGGGUCCUUAUCAACCAUAUGAACAUGAUUUUCCAAGAAGACCGAUGGGGAAUGAUAAUAGAUGUUUUCGGAAAGAAUGGUUCUCCGAAUUUCAUUGGUUGGAAUACAGUAUAGAAAAGGAUGCGGCGUAUUGUUUGCAUUGCUACCUGUUCAAACCUGAUAGAGGGAGUCAAGGGGGUGGACAUAUAAUUACUAAGACCGGCUUUAGGGAUUGGAAGCACAAAAAGAUAUUGAAAGAUCAUGUCGGUCUCUUUGAUAGUUCUCAUAAUCAAGCUUUUGCAAAGUGUACCAACUUGAUGAAUCAAAAGCAAAGUAUCUCUUACGUUAUUUCUAGCCAAAGUAGUAGUCAACAACAAAGUUAUAGGACCAGGUUGACUGCGGUGCUAGAUUGUACUAGACUCCUCUUGAUGCAAGGAUUGUCAUUUCGUGGUCAUGAUGAAUCGGAAGAGUCUCUUAAUAGAGGAAAUCUGAUUGAGUUAUUGAACUGGUAUGCAGCUCGUUGUAAGGAAAUUAAAGAAGUAUUAUUUAGUAAUGCUCCUGGAAAUGACCAAAUGACUUCACCAACCAUCCAAAAGGAUUUGAUUAAUUGUUGUGCUGUAGAGACGACAAGGGCUAUUAUCAAUGAGAUUGGUGAUUCGUUGUUUUCAAUUUUAGUUGAUGAGGCUCGCGAUAAUUCUAUGAAAGAACAAAUGACAGUUGUUUUAAGGUUUGUUGACAAAAGUGGGCGAGUGAAGGAGCGUUUUUUGGGUAUAUCCCAUGUCACUGAUACUUGUGCCCAAUCACUGAAGGAUGCCAUUGAUGCAAUGUUUUCUACACAUGGGUUGAGUAUAUCUAGUCUGAGAGGUCAAGGCUAUGAUGGAGCAAGUAAUAUGUCAGGUGAGUUCAAUGGGUUGAAAGCUUUAAUUCUUAGAGAGAACCCGCAUGCUAUGUAUGUUCAUUGCUUCGCUCAUCAGCUUCAGUUAGCAAUUGUAUCUGUGGCACGUAGGAAUUGUAUG